AUUUUGUACUCGUAUGUUUUGCUGAAUAGCGUCAAAUCAGACCCGGUUGGCAAAUUCUAAAAUGGUUGAUUUGAUUAUUAGCUUUUGCCAUUCAACAGAUUCCGAAAUCCAGUAUGCAGGCGCGGCAUUGAUGCUAAAUGCUGCUACACUUUCAAAUCAAUUAUGCCAACAGAUUGCAGAAUUAAAUGGAAUUGAGAUUCUUGACUCAUAUCUCAACAGCAAUUAUAUUCUUUCCAAUCAACUUGUUGCUGUAAAGGCACUCCUUACCAUUGCUGUCAAAGACCCGAGUCUUCGGUUUCAAAUUACAGUAUUUACGGUGCGUCCACUGGUUCAGCGAUUGCCACUCAAGGUUGCAGAAUGUUUGGAGUUGGCAUUUCCGAAUCUUGCGAUAAAUUCAAACCAAAGCAGCGCAAAUGAUGAACACAGUUCCAACUUUGAUAGUCCUUUAAUGAGUUACAUGCCAGAGCUUGUUACUUUUGGUGGAGCAAGUGUGCCCAGUUCUCCUCAAAAACGCCGUGCUGGCACUGUGUCUCGAUUUUCAAUCAGUCCUGACUGCUCAAAUUCCAGAAAAACACUCCAGUCAUGCAAGAGUGUGCAGCAUCUUUUAUCGUGUCUAUUUGUACUUUUAAAUACAUCUGUGUUUGACGAGGUGGAUCUUUUAAAAAACGAACAAACUCUUGAAGAGUAUAUGGCAGAUUGUUUUGACGAGACUUGUGGUGCGUUGUUGGAUCUUCUUGCUCUUGUAUUGUUAGACUACGCUUUUCCCGAAACCGUUUUGCCAUUUCUGGCUCAAGCUUCUGCAUACAUGCUCGAUCGUCAACAGCGCAAUAUAGCCAUUCGUCAGGACUAUCAAAAGUCUUUUGCACAGGGCUUGGAUUCAGGAGCAAAUUUGAUGGGUACGAUUUCUGGGGAAGGUGUAGCGGAGCUUAAUUUCUCACCCAUGAACCCAGACAUUGAUCAUGAUCAUCUGAAACUACUUCAGCAACUUGAUUCAUCAGACAUUGAAAUCAAUACUGCCGAAAUUGAAACAACCAAGAUUGAAAUUGUAACUGGUGCGCUGCGAUGUAUUGGCGCUCUAGUAAAAUAUGACUAUGUAAUGAGUAUCAUGAUCCGGGAAAAGUUGGUAGCCAUUCUCAUUGGUUUGCUCGAAAUUGAAAACAAGACUCUUAGCUAUCAGGCAUUCAUCACGCUUGCACUUUGUGUGAGCAGAGGAUUGCCAGUUCAAGAGAUUGUUAAUAUUCACAUGGCAUUUCCAACUGUCCUUAAAUUUGUCAUUGCGGAGGCUUCGCAGACUCUAUACUUUUACAUGAAUAUUUUAUUAGAAAAUCUAUGCCGUUUCGAUACUUUUUUAAAAACUGAUUCGCUGGCACCAUUUGAUAUUCUCAACUCUGUUUACACAUCUGGGUUUUCGAUGGCGAUCCAAACGCAAGAGAUUCGAAAUGACGACUGGACUUUUCAAAGUUUGCGUAUGAAUACGGGCGUUACUGGAAACGGACGAUAUGCAUAUGAGUUUGUUAUUCGAACGACUGGCAUUAUCCAAAUUGGGUGGGCGUGUGACAAGUGUGUUUUUGAUCCUGAAGCCGGUACCGGUGUUGGUGAUAAUGUCUAUUCGUAUGCAUUUGAUGGCCAUCGUGUCAAGAAAUGGCAUGGUUCGAUCGAUGAUAAUGAAUAUGGAGCUGAAUGGACUGCAGGGGAUGUCAUUACUGCCAUUCUUGAUCUGGAUCAAAAAACCAUUACAUUUUGUCUAAAUGGUGUUUCUUUCGGUGUAGCAUUUACAAAUGUUGAUAACUCUGUGACGUGGUGUCCUGCUGUUUCCCUUACUUCAGAACAAAGUGGAUUCUUUAGAUUUGGUAGCAAGUUUGAUCCCCUCAAGUUUCUACCAGAACAUACAGUUCCUAUCGCCAGUGUAUCAUCAGAUACAUUAAUAAUGGAACGUUCAAUAGGUUCGCCUAAAGAGAAUAGACACGUAUUUGAACCGCCGCCUCAUGUGCAUACUGAAUCUGUUACAUCUAGAGAUCGAGUGGUCACUGAAGCAGAGUCGGUGCUUACCGAGAAUAAUGUUGCUUUAACACCACUAUUUUACUUUGAAGCAAGAGUAAAUAUCAGCAUGGCCAGAGUAGACAAAUGUCCACAGUUUGGUAUCCUGCUACGCGAAGACCAAAUGGUUAUUGUAUGUUUGGAACGUCACAGCAAGACACUUAUAUGGCUCAAGAUCCAUGGUUUACACUACAACGACAAGAGUAUAUUUGACUAUAUGCUUGAUCAGCACCUUGUAUCCAUGAUGGAUGCUAGUCAAGAGACCUCGCAAUCUUUUUCAAGCGGAAUCGAGAUCAUUCAUUUGAUGCCAAAUAUUGAUUGGUGUGUUGGGGAUACUAUUGGAUGCGGUUUACAUCACAACUCGGGAUUUUUUACUAUGAAUGGAAAACAAAUAGGACCUACACUCGCAUUAGAAGAAACACACGACGCAAUCUGUAUUCCAUACAUGCGGCAUAUUCCAAAGUUUGUGCUUAAUAUUGGCGAAACCCCGUUUAUGUGGCUGCCUGCUCAUCCUGAUCGUACACCAAAUGAAUGAGACUUUGCUAUUAUGGGAGACGUAAAUGGGGUUUCAAUUACACGAAUAAACCCACAACUCGACACUUU